AUGACAUCCAUGCAGCAUCUGUUACUGCUAAUGAUGAUCUUUACUAUCAUUACUGGUAUAACUGCAUUGAAACUAGUCGAAACGAAUGCACAUCUAGAAACACUAAUUGCAACACCAAGAGCAACAAUUGAAUGCAUCCGAAACUGCCAGUUUUCUCUACCCAUUGACCAUGAAUUUCAACUGCCAUCAUCAUGCGAUGAAUUGAUAUCAUCGAUUGGCUGCGAAACGAUCCUCGUCGUUAACUACACGGCAAAAACUGUUUCCAUUUCCUUUUUAACAAAGGGUGAUGAAAUGCUACAGUAUAGAACUGAGUAUUUGGUUCAACAAACAGUUGCAAUGCAGUUUCAGCAAAGACAAAUUACAAGGGAAAUCAACACGUUUUGUUUCACACUUGGCUGUGAUGUUCAAUAUGCAAAGCAAGCAUUCGAUAGCCUAGGCAAUCGUGAUCAUCUGCCAGUACUGAAUGACUUAACUCCGCUUCUCUUCAAUCCUGUUGGCACAAGUCUUUCUCGGUGUUACAACAUGGAUAAUCAAUCAAUGGAUUGCACGAAUAAGUUAUGUGAAGCUACAGUACCAUCUAAAAUAAACAUCACGGGAUCGAAAGACUGUGAGCAGUUUUAUGAUUUGUCAUAUGUUAGCAUUGAAAUAAACGAAUAUCGCGCUUAUCCAAGUGUCACAGGAGUAGAUGAUAAUGAUUAUAGAAUUACGUGCAACAUUGAAUUGUGUAAUGGUGGUGAAACAACCACAAAUGUUCAAAAUGUGAUCAAUAAAUAUAAAGAACAAUUGUCCAUCGUUCCUCCAGCUCUAAGAAUUGAGUGCAUCCAGAAGUGUACGUUUUCUCUACAAAUAAAUGAACAGUUCCAAUUACCAUCAUCAUGCACACAGCGGAUAUCGUCUUUCGGUUGUUUUACCAUAAUAGUUAUUGACUACACAACGAAAAGUAUCUCUGUUAGUUUCUUAACAGAUGGUUCCGAGAUACAAGAAUCAGGUCAGCAGUACGUGAUCAGUCAAACAGUCGAAAUGGAGUUUCAGCAGAAGAUUGUUAAAAGGGAAGUGAAUACGUUUUGUUUUACCGCUGACUGUGAUGAGAACUAUGCGAUACGGACUAUCAAUCGGCUAAGCGAAUUAGAUCAUUCACCAUUAUUAAAUGAGCUAUCAUCUUACUUAUAUGACUCAACUGGUACGAGCGUCUCACAAUGUUAUGAUACCAGCAAUCAACCAAUGAAUUGUACUGGGAAACUGUGCGAAGCAAGCAUACCGUCAAAACCAGGUGAUCCUGGCUACAAAGACUGUGAGCAAAUUUACGAUUUAGCGUUUGUUAGUAUUGAAAUAAAUGAAUAUCGGGCUUAUCCAACAACCGGUACAGAGGAUGACGAUAAUGAUUAUGAGAUUGUCUGUAAUCGUGAACUUUGUAAUGGCGGUGGAACAACUACAAAUGUUCAAAAUGUGAUCAAUAAAUAUAAAGAACAAUUAGCAAUUGUACAUCCAACAAACGAACUGGCAUCAACGUCAUCUCCAAUAACGAUAAGCACGACUCCAAUGACAACAGCACAAUCAACAACUAUGAUUGCACUAGCAUUAUUGCUCAAUACAUUCUGUUAUAUCCAUAAACAUUAA